AGAUAAUAUGUGAGGGAAAAGAAGAAACCCUAAAUUGCACUGGAUGUCAUCUCAUACACGUGUUAUCUGCAACAUAUGGUCGCCACGAAGAUGGAAAUGUAUAUUGCAAUCAUGAAUCCAUAAGUGACACUAAUUGUGGUGAGCGGGAUAAUGCACUGAAAGUUACUGCUCAGCAUCUAAACAAUACAUACACUUGUUCUCUGCACGCAGACCACACUUUGUUCGCUCUUGAUCCCUGUAGAGGAACCUACAAGUACUUGGAAAUUGACUUUGAAUGCAUUCAAGGUGUUGAUCCCUGUCAAAUGUUAAACUGCCAAAAUGGGGGAACGUGUGUUCUUCGUCCGCUUUGUAAUAGCUGUAAUGCAUCAUGUAUGUGCAGAUCAUGUUUCACUGGAGAUUUAUGUGAAGAUCUUGGAAUUGCAAAGAUAGUAAGUACCAACGGUAUUCAAUGGGUAAACAACAGCUUGAAACUUGUUGAUGACACGAAAGUAGAGUUUGAUCUUCAGGUUAAAAUGAAAGGUGAUGUGUUGCUAGUUGCAGUGUUUACUAACCAGACAAUAGAAACCAAUACAGCUGUAAAUAACCCUGUUGUCACUGGGGGAGU